GGUGAUUUUCUCUGCCGCAGCCCGAGAGACCAGCCCGGUGAUUUUCUCUGCCGCAGCCCAAGCGACCAGGGGCCAAGAUGAGCUGCUUCUCGUUCCUCAAGCUCCUGAUGAUCCUCUUUAACCUGGUCAUCUUUCUGGGUGGAGGUGCCCUCCUCGGCCUGGGCAUCUGGGUGACAGUGGAUGGCGCGUCCUUCCUGAAGAUCUUCGGCCCGGUGUCCGCCUCGGCUAUGCAGUUUGUGAACGUAGGCUACUUCCUCAUUGCUGCGGGCUGUGUCCUGAUGUCCCUCGGCUUCCUGGGCUGCUGCGGGGCUCAUAGGGAGAGCAAAUGUCUCCUCAUCACGUUCUUCAGCAUUCUCCUCAUCAUAUUUGUGGCCGAAAUCGCCGUGGCAGUGGUUGUCCUGGUCUACACCUCACUGGCCGAGGUUCUCCUGCAAAACCUCGUGGUGCCCAUGAUCAAGAAAGAGUACGGGGCGCAGAAGGAUAUCACGCAAGCCUGGAACAGCACCAUGGAGGGGCUGCACUGCUGCGGCUUCCACAACUACACCGACUUCAAAGACUCCCCCUUCUACAAGGAGCACAAUUCCUACCCGACGUACUGCUGCUCUCCCGCCAACGACACGUGCUCGGAGAGCAUGGCGGACAAUGCGGCCGUCCAGGGCUGCUUCAGACAACUUCUUCUGGACAUUCAGCAAAACGCUUCCGUGGUCGGCGGGGUGGCGGCCGGAAUUGGGGCGCUGGAGCUCGGUGCCAUGGUGGUGGCCCUGUACCUCUACUACAAGCUGGGCACACCCUGACCCCCGGACGGACGGAAGGACCAGCGGCUGGG